GUUGAACACUGAAGGAACUAGGAGAGUUUUGUUUUUGUGUGUAUUUUAAUUUUAUUAUGGUGUAACGCGUGGACAUGACAAAAUGUUUGAAGGAGUUUGCGUCGGCAUAGAAACGUUGCAGAGCUACUUGCCAAGUCAUCCGAGCUUGCAGUGGCCACCUCUUCGAUUCCCCGAGGACGCAGUGCCGCCGCUGGUUCCUCCCACCGCCCCUUCUGGAGCGGUCGCAUCGCCCAAUUCUGGGGCUCCGGCCAUUCGAGUCACGGUACCGCGUCCUGCAACAACAGUUGCAAUACGACCGGCAGCCCCGCCGUAUGCGCCGCUGGCUGGGACACGAGGUGCUCGCGAUGUGGGAGUUGGUCGUUCCACGCCAGCCAACGAGCCCCCGCCUCUGAGGGAUGGUGUGGGCUCUGCGGCAUUUGACGAGGAGAGCACACGUGCAUUUAUUGAGAGUCGCAGGAGUGCUAGGCAGUCAGAAGCCGCACGGGGUGGUACUACGGUGGCACCUGGCGCAUCACCCCGCAGUUCGUCGGAGCACCCCUGGCUGCCACCGCCACCGUCGAGAGCGGCGCAGCGUCCAGUGGUCCACCACGCUUACGGAACCGCCCACCCGGAUCCGUCACACGCACCUGCAGAUGCUCGACAUUCUGCUUCCGUGCCUCGUUUCGGGGAACAGGUGGAUCAUGGGGUGCCUGCCGAGGAGGUCCCCGCUCCGGUGUCCGAUUCAUCGCCGACCCCUGUUCCGACAACCACGGGUGGUGGUCGGUCUGCCCCACAGCCUCCACCCGUGUUGACCGGAACGUUAGACCCUUUGCAGCGCAUUCGUGACCUUGCAGUCGCCCAGAGCGCGGCACCUGUGAGCCCUGGCGAGUUGUUGGAUGCUGGGGUCCUUGGCGGGAGAGCUACGACGGGACGAUGUCGGGGCACUUACAGGCAGCAAGCCGUCGCGUCAUAUUAUUCGGACCCUUUGGAGCGCGCAUGGCAUCUGCAAAUCAUGCGGUUCAUCGUCGAGAGCGGGAUGUCGUUCAACAGCACGAAGCUUGAAAGCUUCAAACGCAUGUUCACGAUGAUAAUCCCGCCGAGGGUUCCAGGGGCGCCCGCGCCUAGACUUUCCUCGUACCACAUGCUGCGCACGACCCUUUUGGACGAGCUGGAUGGUGAGAUCCAGAAGUGUGUUCGGCCGGUGCUUGACACGUUGAGAGAGACCGGUUGCACAAUCAUGACCGAUGGUUGGACCAACAUCCGUGGUCAGACGUUGUGCAACUACCUUGUUGGUACAGAGAUCGGGGUGGUGUAUGUGUCCACCGACGUCAUGCGCGGCAAAAAGGACACCAGUGCCCUCGCGAAUGCAUGGUUGAAAAGGGUGAGGUCCAUGGACGUUCAAUUGAGCGACAUCACGGCGUUCGUGACGGACUCCGCCGGGGUGAACGUCGCGGCGAUGAAGGUAUUCCAAAAAGAUGAGAGCGUGAAACACAUCUUCUGGAUUCCUUGCGUCGCCCACAUCAUGGAUCUCAUUCUCGAGGACAUCGGCGGGAUUGAUUGGGUGGCUUCCCGCAUUUCUCAAGCGAGGCUGGUUACAAGGUUCUUCAAGCGCCAUGGACAUGCCAGAGAGGUUCUUGAGGCGCACUCGACGAAGACUCUUCUGCUACCGGCAGAGACGCGUUUCGGCACGAACGUCAUCAUGAUUGAGAGGCUGGUGGCACUGCGGGCCACGUUGACAGAUGUUGUGGCCGACGAUCGCUGGCGCGAGACUGUUUGGUCGACCAGCAAGAUCCGCAAGGAUGCAGCGGAGGUCACUGCAUGUAUCGGCUCCCCUCCAUGGUGGGAGGAUUUGAGAGCUCUGUGCAAGAUGCUAGAGCCCAUCAUGGGCAUGSUGAAGUUGGUGGACAGCGACACACGCCAGAUCAGCAAGAUUCUGCGACGUUACGAGGAAAUKAUUGCAUCUUGUUUAUCCGCAUGUCGUGACAUUGAUCGGGAGCCGCAAAACGCUAUUGUGGAGGUGUUCCACAGGUGGCGCACCAUGUUCAAGACCCCCGCCCACACGGCAGCCAUGCUGCUAGAUCCAGAGUUCCGGGACGCGACGCUUUGUGAUGAUGCGGAGGUGCAACAGGCCUUGGUCGAGGCCCUUGUCCAAUUCAGCUGCCUGGAGGAUUCGCCGCAGCACCGGGAGGUCCAACGAGCGGUCGCCAAGCUCCACACGAGGGAGCCCCCUUUCGAUGAGCUCACCAUGCGGCGAGCUGCAGAUAUCUUUGAUCACCCUGCCAGUUUUUGGUCCUCAAAGAAGGCGAAGUUCCCUCACAUGGCCGUGUUUGCAGGCAGGAUCCUUCGUAUAUGGGCGACCGCCUUACCGUGCGAGAAAGCGUGGUCUCGUUGGAGCUUCAUUCAUUCGAAGUCUCGCAACAGGUUGGAGGUUCCUCGGGCUGAGAAGCUUGUGCGGUGCCACUGGAACCUCAGGCUACUCGAUCGACCUUCGUUGUGCGACGAUGGUGUUGGAGAGAGGCCCGGCGUCUUCGGGAAAUGGGUGCAUUAUUGGCAGGCCGUGGAGGACGAGGCACCCGUGGACCAGCAGCUCGUCAGAGGCACCGGUGCGCUGGCGAAGCGGUUGAGACACAGGGGUAGGCGGGAUGACAGUAUUGCGUCUCGUGUACGCAGACGUCGUGUCCACAUUGCGAUCGACACGGGGGCACGUGACAUGCGGCAGGACCCGGUUGCCGUGUCAGAGGACGAGAUGGGAGAUCCUUCCAACGAGACGCAGCGCGACCCGGUUCAUGCAGAGGAGCUAGCCUCGAACACUAAUGUGAUAGUGACGGAGGAGGAUACAGGGUUCAGGAUCACUCAUCCUCGGUCGCCAGCGCCGGUUGUUGGCACUGAGGAGGAGACGGAGUUCGGAGGAACCGGUCCACUCCGCCAGGCGCAGACUCAGUGCACUCCAGCAGGCGCCCCAGUCCACUCCACAGGAGCGGGUUUGGAGGACUGCGAGGCACGACGUGAGCCGCCUCCUCACACGGGUGACGGCGGUCUAGAGGAGGGAGAGGUUGCACCCACUCCCACUUGUGGAAAGGACGGGGAGGACGAACGUCCUCCGACGGACCACCACGUCGGCCUCGACUGCCCGCCCGACAGUCUUCCGCCCAUCGACGAGCUAUUCACCAUGGAUUCCGCCUUGGCAUCUCUGCCCGAUAUAUCGCUACUGAUAUCUCCCACUUUGCCGGUUGUGGCACCACCGGAGCCUGCUAGACGAGAUGAUGCGCGUCGUGACAGAGGGUUCGACGAGUUCGGCGGCGACACGAUACUGCAUCCUCCAGAGUCCGGCACUUCCGCCAUUUUUCAUGUCAGUGCACCGUGGGCAGUGGAGCACGGGUUGGCGGAGGAGGUAGCACGGAACCGUCGUGGUGGACCGCACAUCGCAGCUCAACGUAGUCUGAAAGGUUCACUAGAGGCAGCGUCUGGAGAUUUUUUGGCGCAGGGGGGUCAUGGUUCGCAGCUGUUAUCGGACGGCGUGUCAUCAGUCCAUCCACCAGAGGAGGGCCCGCAGCGAGAGCCACAUCGAGGCCCAGUGGAGACUUUAGAGGUGAGGCCUCCCGGAGUUAUCCGCUUGGACGGAGGCAAGGGCGUGAGCGAGGAUACAGCGCAGCCAGGGAGCGCAGAUGGUGGACGGUCCUUCAGGGGGGGCAUCGAGCGCAGAGGGUCAUCGACCGCACACCCCAUCAUUGUCAGGCCCAACACACAUGACGUUGGAGACGGGCACACAGAUGAGCCUCGACCGCAUUUGACGUGGAUGCGUGACAUCAUGUGUCCACCACCCUCACGCCCCUCUGCCGCUGAUCCUGCCGCCCACGGGCAGGCCCCGCCGAGCGCAUUGCCUACGAGGUCUUUCUACGACGGUGCGGGCAUGGACCGGAGGGCGGGCGAUAUCRGACAGACAUCAGCAUAUGGACCGGUAGAUGUGCCCGCGGGGGCGCGAUCGAUCGGCAACGUCGAUGGCACUUGUCAUGAUUCCAUGAGAGCUUACGAGGAGCAGCAUGGGAGGCCUAUACGGGCCAAGACGASCGAUGUCAACGACACCAGGACGGCAACUGCGAGGCUGUCACGGGCGAGGAAGAAGGGAACAGGUGUGUCGAUUCCGUAUCAUCGGCGCCGCCUGCAUCCUUUUUUCCGCAACAGGGACGAGACCAGACAGAUGCCAGCUGCCGCAGAUGGACAGGGGGCGGCGGAGGGAGGUGACAGAGUGGACGAAGCAGGUCGARGUGAGAAGAGACGAGGCGGCACGAUCAUCCUCCACGACGACAGCUCCACAGCCGCUGAGGGCGGUGAGACCACAGGCGCCGACGAUCCUGAUGACUCCGAUUACGUCCCGAGGAUCCGUACGGCAGACGGAGAUGACGGCGGAGGUCGUCGCAUCGAGGAGAUGAAUGAAACGACAUGGAAGGAUUGGGUAUCUGGCUCGAGAUUGAAGAAGUUUGUGGCACGAGAUGAGCUUGAUACCUUUGACAGCCAUGCCAAGAGGGAGAGGCGGGGCAGGACCGAUGGAAGUUCUUAUGGGGACUACCAGUAAGAGGGGGCAGCAGAGGACCACUAGAGAGAACAGGCCUCCUAUUUUCGAUG